CCCCUGGCCUACAACGCUCGACUGGAUGGAACAUUUUAGCAAUUUUUUUAGAAUAUUUUCGCCAAAGUUUCUGAGCUGAGGUGCAGAUCAAUAUAGGCAUUAAAGCAUAGUAGUUGAUGUCGCAAGGAUCGGAACAAUAGAAGCAUAUUCGGAAAAUGGUGGUCACUUGCGAAAUACAAUUUGAAAAUAAUCCCGAGGGCUGCUACUUCGGUGGCCAAGUUAUGACUGGGAAGAUUGUUUUGUCUGCGGAUAAAGUGAAGCAAGUGAAGGCUGUCGUUUUAAAAAUAAGAGGUUUUGCGCAUACCUCGUGGUCGGAGAAGACCAAUGAUAAAACCACACAUUAUAGUGGUCAUAUAGAUUACAUCAACUCGGUGACUUAUCUCUUGAGUCCGAAAAGCUCAGAUGAGUCAUUGUUCAUUGAACCUGGCAUACACAGUUUCAACUUUGCCUGUCAUAUACCCUUAAAUUGUCCUUCGUCCUUUGAGGGCCUGAGAGGACAUAUACGCUACAUUGUCCAAGUGAAUAUGGAGAGGCCUUGGAAGUUUGAUCAAACAUUUAGCCGGGGAUUUACAGUGCUGAAAAUUUUAAACCUUAACUAUGAUACCCCACUGCUGAAGUUACCCGCCAAUAGCGAAAUGACCAAAGUAUUCUGCUGUGGACCCAUGAAAUCAGAUCCCUUGCAAAUGCAUGUUCAACUAUCACAGACUGGUUAUGUACCCGGGCAACUCAUCCCAGUGACUAUUCUUGUUCAUAAUAAUACCAAGGUGCAGAUUACCGAAGUCUGUUUACGUCUGGUCAUGAUGGUCUGUGUUUAUAGCCAAAAUCCUCGAUGUAAGGCCACAAGUGAAAACAGGACAAUAUCAAAAUUGAUAGGGGAUCCCGUGCCAGUGUUGUGUAAUAAACAAUUCACCUACUUGCUGCCAGUGCCGGCAACACCACCCACUUGCUUCAAUUUGUGCAGCAUCGUUCAGGUAGGAUAUCGCAUUGAGGUUGCGGCCAAAAUGAAAGGGGUUUUCUACACAAACCAGGAGAUACAUGUGCCGGUGACCAUAGGGAAUGUGCCAUUAAUGGAUGUUGUACAGCAGCAACCAAUGGCAACGCGUGCAAAUAUGUUGAGCGCUCCAGAGGAAGAGGUGGCGGUACUGGAGACAAAUAACCUUCCCUGGUCGGAUAAUGAAAAUAUUCCUUGUCCCACUUUUGAGGCGUCUGGUUUUAUGCCUCAAGCUGAAAUUGCUGAUCCCAACCAACAUGAUUAUGGAGAAACGAACUUUUCCCCCAAAUACCCGGUUUUUAAUAUACCCAGUCCCACGAUUGAAGAAAUUACAAGCAAUAAGAAUGCAGAUGCAAAUAAAUCUACAUGGUUAUGAAAAGAAAACAAGAA